CUCUGAGAAUUCAAAUAGUAUAAAAGUGAUCCUUUCCGUAUAAAUAUAUAGCAGUACCGUGUCUCUCUUCCUACCUGUGAUCACGUGAUAAGUUUAUACGAUAUAAAAGACGUUUUUGCAUUUAAAUCAACAAAACGUGAAUAGAAAAAUUACACGAAAAGUAAGAAAUAAGAUAAUAAAAUGUCUUACGAAAGAAUGAUCGUGCAAAACAAUUUCAAUGACGAUGAUGAAACCGUUCAACAAACGCCUCAUUCUCACUUGUUACAAACGCCUCGUUUGUUAUCAACUGGUCAUGACUUCGGUCAUAGCUCAGUUAUACGUAGCUCAAGUCCCUGCUCUUCCAUUUCGAGUUCCGUCAUAUUCGGCCAUAUUCCUGAGGAGGUGUUGCGCGCUUGGAGUCAAUUACCCGAAGCGAUUCGCUUAGAUCCCAGUCUAGCGGUUUUUCAAAAAGAAUACGAUCGGAUUGCAGAAGCAAGAUGUGCCGACAAGAAGAACUGCCUCAUUUUAAACAUGUCUCUAGAAAGACCUCAUCCUGCGUCAUCAAAUAGCAUCCAUACGCAUCAAAGCACUCUUGACGAGGACGGGCAGGAUGUGCAGGAGAAGCAGAGGCCGUUCUGCCGCUAUUCGAAAUUAAUUAUACUCUCUUGCUUUUGGCUACUAUUUACGAUAAUAUUGAUGUUCAAAAGCGAAAAAGUCGCAACAAUGCGCCACCUUUUUGUUUCUAGCGGAAAAACUAGAAACAUCCAGCUUACCGAUCGCGACAUUGUUGCGAAUAAUCUAGUCGGUGUAACGAUCGAAGGGCCGCUGUUGCCAUCGGUUAAAAAUGAACAACAAACGAACUUGUCUAUGUGCUAUUUACUGAUAUGGCUGGAAGUUCUAACGGAUGACAAUAGCACCGACUCAAUGACUCUCAAUGCUAUUUCGAAGGUGUCGCAAAAAUUAAAUUUGUUGAAUAAUUUGUUUGUGAGAUUUUAUAAGCGUAUAUAUCUUUGCAAGAGAUGUAAAUUGAUCUUCGAUGCUGCUAAAUUUCAGAAAGUGAGUGAUACAUGGUCGUUGCCUUUAAUACCGGACACCAUGAUGGAUUUGUUUCCCAACGAGAGGCGUCAAAAGACUUUCAAAAUUGAAGUCGACAGCGAGAUACUGUCACACGGCAUACUGUACAUCAAGUUGCGUACAAAUUCAACGUCCAGUCUGUCACUUUCGAUAGUUUACGAUUUGUCUUCAGUGAAUAACAUUAGUUUAAUAUACGCCGCCUGCGUCCUGAUUGUUUUGUACAUCAUGAUAAUUUUCGAUGUUAUACACAGAGCUGUAGCUGCUAUGUUAGCAUCUACGAUGUCUAUCGCUAUAUUGGCGGUUUUUGAUCAGCGACCAAGUAUGGCGGAGCUAAUUUCUUGGAUAGAUGUGGACACGUUGCUGUUGCUUUUCUCUAUGAUGAUAUUGGUCGCUAUCAUUGCCGAGACCGGCGUAUUCGAUUGGUUAGCGGUCUACGCUUACAAGAUAACCGGCGGCAAAUUGUGGCCGCUGAUAAUGGCUCUGUGCAUAUUUACCGCGUUUUUGUCGUCGAUGCUCGACAACGUAACGACCGUGCUGCUGCUGACUCCGGUAACCAUCAGACUGUGCGAGGUGAUGGAACUGAAUCCCGUACCGAUCUUGACCGCUAUGGUGGUUUACUCCAACAUCGGAGGCGCCAUGACGCCAAUCGGCGAUCCGCCAAAUGUCAUCAUAGCAUCGAAUUCGGAUGUUAGAAGCGCUGAGAUCGACUUUGGCACCUUCACCUUGCACAUGAGUAUCGGAGUGAUACUGGUGUUGAUCGUUGUUUCCGUACAGAUUCGUUAUAUAUUCCGAGAUGUCACGGUUCUUAGAUUUAAUGAGCCGCGAGACGUACAGGAAUUGAGACACAUGAUUGCGGUGUGGCAAAGAGCGGCGGCGAGUUUAUCCAAUUACAGCAAAGACGAGAAUCUGGUGAGGGAAACGUUGCUGAAGAAAGUGCAACGUCUACUGUCGCAGUUGAAGAAGAAGUUAAUAACAGGAAGCGUGGAAUUAGAACAUUACAAGACCACGCUUGAGGAAUUGCAGGAAAAGUAUCCUAUCAGAGAUAAGUGGUUACUAGUGAAAUCGGGAUUCGUGCUGACUGUUGUGAUCACGCUCUUCUUCUUGCACAGCUUGCCUCAACUGAACUUAUCUCUGGGCUGGAUCGCUUUAAUCGGCGUUCUGCUGCUACUGAUAGUAGCCGACAAUGAGGACUUCGACGGUCUCAUGGCACGCGUCGAAUGGAGCACUUUAAUAUUUUUUGCAUCAUUGUUUAUUCUCAUGGAGGCUCUUUCGCGUUUGGGUCUUAUCACAUGGAUUGGAAAACAAACUGAAACUUUUAUUUUAACAGUCAAUGAGGAAUCUCGGUUAGCAGUUGCCAUAGUGUUGUUGCUUUGGAUAUCGGCUUUGGCAAGCGCCUUCGUCGACAACGUACCACUUGCCACUAUGAUGGUGAGAAUUGCGACGAAUCUUGCGCAGAAUCGCGAGCUUGGUUUGCCGAUGCAACCUCUGAUAUGGGCGUUGUCCUUUGGCGCGUGUAUGGGAGGAAAUACAACUUUGAUUGGAGCUACUGCCAACGUUGUUUGUAUGGGUGUCGCGGAGCAGCACGGCUACAAACUCGGUUUCGUGGAAUUCUUGAAAGUAGGAUUUCCUGUUAUGAUAACAAGUACCAUAACAAUAACAGUGUAUUUGAUGAUUGCCCACGUUGUUUGCGGCUGGAACGGAUAAAAUAUCACUGUGUCAAUUUUUAAUUCGGAAUAUUACACAAAUUUCAAUGGGCAGAAUUUUGAAUUUAAUGCGCGAUGCGAUUAUUUAUUAAUUUUUACAUGUAAAUAAACAAAGUAUUAUAUUAGA